UUCUCGUUUAUUCAUCAAAUUCAUUUGACAACCGAGAAGACUCUCUCCCUCAAACCCGAGACCUCCCACAAUAAACAAAUUCAUUUGACAACCGAGAAGACUCUCUUCUCGAAUCCGAACUCGAGACCUCCUAUUAAUAUUUUUACACAUUUGUCUUGUUACUUUAUAACUUCUAGCUCAGCCACAGUAUAAAGAUAUGUUAAUAUAUAUUUUCAAAAUCAAUGUUGAAAAGAAAAAACAAAACUGACCCAGCAUAAAGGCGUUUCCUCAAUCUCCGGUCUUUAACGCAACAUAGAAAAGAAACCCCCACCCGCCUCCACGCCCCUAUACAAACAUCCGUUUUCCAUUACUUUCUCCCACUGAAAAUUCCCACUUCUCUUCACUCACUCGUUCACUGUCUCCGCCACCAAUAUCAUCAAUGGAGUCUCUAAUCCUCCAGCUCCACGAAAUCUCCGCCGUCAAAUUCGGCAACUUUAAGCUAAAAUCCGGAAUCACCUCUCCUAUCUACAUCGACCUCCGUCUCAUAAUCUCUUACCCGAAUCUACUCCGCCAUAUUUCUCAAACCCUAAUCUCCUCUGUCUCAUCCUCCGCCUCCUUCGACCUUAUUUGCGGCGUCCCUUAUACCGCUCUUCCUAUUGCUACCUGCGUUUCUCUCUCUAACAAUAUUCCCAUGGUCAUGCGCCGCAAGGAGGUUAAAGACUAUGGCACUGCGAAAGCCAUUGAAGGAGUUUUCAAGGAUGGCCAGAAGUGUCUUAUUGUUGAGGAUCUUGUUACUAGUGGAACCUCUGUUCUCGAGACUGCUGCUCCUUUGCGUGCUGCGGGAAUGAAUGUGACUGACGCUGUCGUUUUGAUUGAUAGAGAGCAAGGUGGGAGGGAGAAUUUGGAGAUGAAUGGGAUUAAAUUGCAUUCGAUUAUUAAGUUGAGUGAGAUGGUUAGGGUUUUGCGGGAAAAAGGGAAGCUUGAUGAGGAAAUGGAGAAAAUGGUUAUGAAGUUCCUAGAAGAGAAUAAGAAGGUUGCAGCACCAGCUAUGGAGAAAGUUAGGGUCAAAGCUUUAAAAUUUGAAGACAGAGCUAAGCUGGCAAGGAAUCCAACUGGGAAAAGGUUGUUUGAAGUUAUGGUUAAAAAGGAGAGUAACUUGUGUUUGGCUGCUGAUGUUGGUACUGCUGCUGAGUUGCUUGACCUUGCUGAGAAGGUUGGACCGGAGAUUUGUAUGUUGAAAACCCAUGUGGAUAUAUUGCCUGAUUUCACUCCUGAUUUUGGGUCAAAGCUUCGCUCGAUUGCAGACAAGUACAAUUUCUUAAUUUUUGAAGAUCGCAAGUUUGCAGAUAUUGGUAACACUGUGACAAUGCAGUAUGAGAGUGGUGUCUUCCAUAUAUUGGAUUGGGCUGAUAUAGUUAAUGCACACAUUAUUUCUGGUCCUGGAAUUGUGGAUGGACUCAAAUUGAAGGGUUUACCCUGUGGUAGGGGCCUGUUGCUGCUUGCAGAAAUGAGCUCAGCUGGCAACUUUGCCACUGGAGACUACACAGCUGCAGCAGUAAAAAUUGCUGAGCAGCAUUCAGAUUUUGUAAUCGGCUUCAUCUCAGUUAAUCCAGCUUCAUGGCCAGGGGCACCAGUAAAUCCAGCAUUUAUUCAGGCAACCCCAGGAGUUCAAAAGGUUGCUGGGGGAGAUUCCCUUGGCCAGCAAUAUAAUACUCCAUUUUCAGUCAUCAAUGAUAGGGGUAGUGACAUAAUCAUUGUGGGCCGUGGGAUUAUAAAAGCAGCAAAUCCUGCAGAAGAAGCCCGUGAAUAUCGUCUUCAAGGAUGGGAUGCAUACUUGGCUAAAUGCAACUGAUGCUCCAUAUGCGACUCGUUGGUUUUUAAAUGCUAAACUGUGUUUGGUUGUUGAACUUAUGUUUAAUUUUUCAACCACUUCUUGGUUGGUAUACUUAUACAGAACUUGAUAGAAGCUUGCGAGCAUAUCCUUUGUAACUGCUCCGUUCCGUUCCGUUUAAUUUUGACAUGUAUGAAGCGGAACAUUUUGAAGUCAAUAAGUGAAAGCUUUCUAUGAGUUCCAAUUGAAGAAAUUAUUGAAUAUGAAUUCACAAAUUUAUUUCA